GGCCAGGCUGGCCUGAGAACAAGAUAAGGUCCUGUUGUGAGUGUGUGCAUAUUUGAGUGAAACCUCAACCCAAGUGAGAAGAAACCUUCAAGGAGCAACUACUGACAGUGAGUCUGCAGUCAUCUCUAUACAUAAUAUGGAAUGUUUUCGACCCAGAGAGAGCUAAGUGGAUGACUGUUGACAAGGAGUGAGUACCUGAGCCAAGACAACAUUUAUACCUUCCUGGUGGUUCAGAAACGAGUCUCUGUAGAACCACAAGCAAAGAAAGGAAACAUUCUGUCUUUUUCUUAAUUAAUUUGACUACAUAAGAUACUUGACUUCCAGGAACUAAAACACAAGGAAGUAUUAAAAUUAUUAUUUGGACAUCAUUGGACAUCCAUCAUACUGAGGAGUGUGCUUUGUGAAGCUUCCCGAGUAGAGAUUUGGAAACUUCCUUGGUGCUCAUUUAUACUUUGGACUAUAAGCAUGAGUGAAUUCUGGUUGUGUUUCAACUGCUGUAUUGCAGAACAGCCUCAACCUAAAAGGCGUCGUCGGAUUGACCGAAGUAUGAUUGGAGAACCAACAAACUUUGUACACACAGCUCAUGUAGGAUCAGGAGACCUGUUCAGUGGAAUGAAUUCAGUUAGCUCCAUUCAGAACCAAAUGCAGUCCAAGGGAGGCUACGGGGGUGGCAUGUCCGCCGGGGUGCAGAUGCAGCUCGUGGACACGAAGGCAGGAUAGCCCGCCCUUCCCGAAGUGUGAUGGCGUCUUGUCCAUCCUGUUGUGACCCUCCAGUGAGAUGUACUGUUCCGCCGAAGAAGCUACUGUCGGACGAAUCCUGCAUUUCCUUCAGCUGGCCGCAUGCCUUCGACUCCUGGACAGAGUUUCUUAGAUUGUGGCUUAAAUUUUAUUUUUUAUCAACAUGGAUCUGACCUUGGCAUGAUCUUUUCUGUGAAUGCUAGCACUGUUUUGCAUUUUUUCCCAUUUUAACAUUUCUCUUUCCACCUGCCUUAUGAUUUUAUUAGUGAGUAAGGACCUGCUAUUAUUUGUUAACUUGUCACCAUUUAUGUAUAUUUUGGAAGGUAUGAGACCCACAAGCACAAUGAUCAUUUUUAGUCACUUGAAGCUUCAGCAGAAUGGAUAUCUGCAUGCUUGAUGAAGUUGCUGCGUGUAGGAGCCCUGGGCUGGCGAUACUGCUGCUACUAGAGAGGUUAGCUGUGGUGCCAAGUCACACCCGUGUCACACAAAUGGUAACUUGUAGUUUAUUAGAAAUACGACUUUUUGGUCUAUUUAGAGAGAAUUAUAGUACAAGGCAAGUUUGCAUUUGUAAGGCCUUCAUUCUGUUGUAAAUGUUCACUAUUUAUUUGGGAGCGAGGACCUGGAGUGAGCAGAAUGGCUGUGCAUCGAGUGUUGUGGUGACGCCUCCAUUGGGCUCUGAGCAGCAGCCGCUCAUUUCUCUGCACUCACUCUGUUGGUCCUUGUUUUAAUGUCAUGUCUAAUGUUAUGGUGUCCAGUAGAGUGUGUUGAACCCCUGGCCUCUCCUAACUGCAGACUCCAGAGUCAGUGGCCUAUCCACGCGCCACAUGUCCGGGGCAGUGGAAGUUGCCACUGAAAACAACCUGUCUGGUGACUUUAUGGAAUUGGUGAGAAAACCUUUGCUUUGGUUGCAAAAUAUGUUUAUUCUUCCACAAACUGUAUUUGAGGUGAAUCUGUAAAUGCUUCUCCUUCCCCACAAGGGCAUAGCAUUUAGCCAGUUGGUGGUUUGUGUCUUUGUUAAAAUGUAAAUCCUGUGUCUGGUUCAGCUCUAACUACAUGUGGUCAGAUUAACAUUUCACGCGGCGAAUGGGGGGUUCAUUGAAAACUUAGCCCUAAGGAAUUAGGUAAUUGAAAGUGAUCAUCUUCUCUUCUGUCUUUUUUUAUCCUCUUUCCUUCCCCUUAGUCCCAACUCCUUGUGAAAAGGUAACUGAAUAAAUAUUAGGUUUGUGAGGCAAAACAUGAAAGCAUUUCUCCCCGCUCUCUGGAAUUCAGCUUUUGCACCACAGGGGGCGCCAGAUACUCAGUCCUUGUGCUCCUGCGGCUUCCAGCCUUCACAGUGCCAGUCUCCAGCAGAGAGGAUCUGUCAAGGAAAAACGUUUAUGCUUAGUAACAAAAAUACGUAUUCUGUUUAAUAACUUCUAAACUAGAAUUCAUCUGGUUUCACUAAUUCAUGGUGGACAUUGCGUUCUGCAAAAUGCCAGAGCCUCUGUGUCCUGCCAGCGACAUGGCUGUGUGCCGCUUUUUAAGACGGACUGGAUUUUCCUGACAUUGCCCCACUGGUGCCAUUUAGUCUACUUCUACCUGGACUUUAGAAAAUUUCAGUACAAUUUUUAUACUUGUCAUAGAACGCCUGGAACAAUAGUACAGGGAGCCAUGGUCCCUCUUCCCUUACUUAUGAUUUGCUUUGCUUUUCCAAUUAUUUUUUUCUGCUUCUCCAAGGACCAAAAUACUCCAUGUGCACUGGAGCGUGUCUGCAUGGUGGGCCGCAGGCUGCACUGUGCAGGCCAUGGGCAUCACAGUGGCCACACUGUGUGCAAGGGCACAUGCUAAGGAAGGUGCCAGUGAAUCAAGAAGAAAAUUACCAAAAAUUCUAAGCUAGGAACCUUGAACACAUCUUUUAGGAAGGCGUGGAGAUAUUUGAAUGUGGAGGAAGCAGCGUCCCCACAUUCAUAGGUGGGGUGGUAAAUUUUGGAGGUCUUUUGGUCCCCAUAGCAACGUAUCUCAUUUUGAAAUUGAAGCUAAUUAAAUAGGAUAGACUGUUAGUACUUUGUUGAAAUACAUGCUAAUAACUGUUAAGCAAGGGAAAAUGAAUGAAGGUUUAACUAACGACAUGGAUUCUGUUAUCAGUGACCUGCAUUCUGUAAAUCAGGUGCUUUCUCGUGAUCUAGGCAUGAAAUGGUGCCAAUAAGCAUAGAGUGGAAAUGUUAGCUCUGGUGGUUGGAUUCAGCAUUUCCAAUGCAGCAUUAUCCCUGGGCCUUUAGAAAUACUGAGCGUAUACUAGCUUUCAUUUUGUUAUUAAAUUAUAGCAGUUUCAUUAUAGAGAACAAGUUUGCCUUGAUUUUGUUUAAAUGACUUCUGCUCAGCACCCAAAAGAUAAAAUUGACAUAUUUUUAUAAUAUAAGCACACUUUUUCUUGUACAUUGUGUUCAUUCUUGAAUAAAGUGAGUUCAGUGUUGGCUUGUAGAUAUUAAAAAGAAAGUAUUGAUUCAAUAAAUGUUUUCUUUCAAUCCUG